AGUUCAAUUCCAAUCAUCACUCCAGUAAAUGUAAAAUAUCCUCGAUGUGAUGGCUCUUAUUCUGAUCAAUCAUCAUACAAAUCCUACAAACCUCAGAAACAAGUAAAGUCAGAAAUCCCUUCAACACCUGAAUUAUUGAAGGGGUGGGACUAUGACCCUUCUUCAGAGAAAGUUGGGAAAGUUGUGAGGGUUAAGGAACCAGGUGAUGAUUAUGACGAUGAAGGUUUGGAGGACCUGAUUGAUAGGAUUGCUGAUCAUGGAGUUGAAUCAUCAUCUGACAAGGCUAAAAAAGAAGAGUAUGAUAAUGAAGCUGGUGUUGUUUCAUCUUCUACGCCUGGUUUGCAUGCUGUUCCUGUCAACAACCAUGGCAUAAUAUUAUGUCGAAGUUUGCAGCAUUAUAAUAGAUAUUUGAGUGAUCUGUCUCCUGACCAGAGGUUGCUGGUUGAUUAUCUAUUUUACAAUGAGUAUGAAGAUGUUGCAUAUAUGUCAUUGGAUACAGAUUCUGAGGAAGUGAAGAUGAAAAAUGACAUUAUGCAAAGUGAACUUACAAGUGAUCUCAUUGUGGAUUUUGAUAAUCCUCAUAGCAACUAUGCGGUUCAGCUGUACAAAUUCGACUUAAUUAGCAUGCCUCGUCAAGGUUGGCUGACAAGUGGAGUUAUUGACGGAUGCGCUUUCAUGUUCAAUAGGCAAGAAGAGGAAUCACCUUCUGCAACAAGGAGAUUUUGGUUUAAUAUUAUGCCUUUUAACUAUAUCAAUUGGUUGUGUGCUGAGAAGGUAAAAAAGGUUCAGUUUGAGAGUGAGAUUGCUGAAAAUGAGAUUAUUUUGAAGAACCUGGAGGGCACUAGGCAGUAUGAUCAGAAGUUUAAGGAAUGGGAAGAAAACAAGAAAAAGCUUAUUACAAAAGAUGAUGAUUUAUUCUACAAGAAAUGUAAGGAAGCUAUUUCUUCAUGGGUGAAAUCAUUUCCACGCAAUGAUAUUCGAGAAGCUGAACUGGUUAGUUGUAUUAUUGUUAACUAUUUUUUUAUUUGUUCAGUUAGUGUAAUUUUCUCUUUCAGUUAGUGUAUGUUACUUGUCAGUUAGUCCUAGUUUAUGUUUUCAGUUAGUGUAUGUUUUUAGUUCAGCUAGU